AUCAGAAGAUGAAGCAUACUGUCAACAUCAAUCAAGAAAUGAUCAUGUAUGUAUACUUUCUCCCAAUGACGAAUAGGUCAUAGAUUGCUAGUGAAGGCAUUUUCUAACGUAUAUAUGCUUUCGUAUUCAAGACAAGACAUAGACCCCAGCGAACAAAUUACAAUUACUCUUCAUGUUUCUAUGUUUAGUUCAAAUAAUGCUCAGAAAAGGAGCGGUAGUUGGUACCACAAAAUAAAACCAGGUUCAAUAACAGCAUCCUCUAGCAGUCUGGAACGUUACAUACAUGAUAAAGAUGGCUCACUAUGUCAAACACUACUAUUGCCGCAACGUUUUAUGGAAACAGAAGGCCAGGAUCAAUUAGCAACACUUAUGCUCGUGAACAACUGGUAUCGACAGCAAAGCAAUAGUAAUGGUGUUGCUCCUAACAUCAAUGGUGGAGCAUCGAAUCCUGCAGCUCUACUGAAGAAGAAAAGCUCAACGUUUUUGCUACAUCGGAAGCAUUCGGUUGAAUUCAACCAUGAUGACGCUGAAAACAAGUCAACAACAACAACAAAUAGUAUUGAAAAGGCUGUAGGUAAACUUUACAUCCAAUGCCUUUAUAUCAACACGUACGGCAAUUAUAUUCCUAGUGGUAUGGAUGAGGCAUUAGAAGCCCUCAAUGCAAAGCGUUUCCACGAAACAAAAUGGCAGGAAGGUUACUUGUCUCAGCUGGGAGGAAAUACGAAGGUAAACGUGUUUACAUCAAAAUAUACAUACUGAUAGAUAAAAACAAAAUUUAACGCAACUUUUUUCUUUUUUCUUGCUUUUACACUCCAGCAUUGGACGAAAAGAUACUUCAUCCUAAUUGGAGGUAGUUUAAUAGCAUAUCCAACCGAAACCGAAUUACAAGACAAUGAAACGUCCACAGCAAUGUACGAAAUACCACUAGCUCGCGCUGUUACGUUAAUUUGCAA